GAAUAAAUUUGCGACUCAAUUAACCAACAAUAAAUGACAUACGGUUCAUUACGGUUACGCUUAGUAACACGAUAAGAAAUAUGAAAAAAUAGCCCAAGAGAAAUUCUAGUAAAAUGCGGAAUGAUCCACAUGAUUGUUCAAAAUAACACGCAUAACAAAAACUUUCCAUUCGAGUCGUUCCAGAUAAACGAUCCCCGUCUUGUCACAUCAAUUGUCACCGGGUGAUAAAUGAAUGACGCGAAGGAUGAAUGUGGCCUAAAUGCCUGUCCAAAAAUCACAUGCACAACACUGUUAAAACCACUCGCCAAAAAGAUUAACAUCAGCUCAUAAGAUGUGAUAACAAGUGGUCCAAUAUUGCGACGUCACUAACAGGGGAAAGAUGUUUGGCUUCUUUACCUUCUGAUCUUCGAUCUCCAUGGUCUCUGAAAAAAUGGAGUUGUAGAGCCGUAGAAAGUACAAACUUUAUGAACAACACAAUUCGUUCAUUCAAAACCAUUCUAAAAGUCUAUUAUAAUAUUAAAAAUAGCAUCGUUCACUUAUCAUACUCGUGAGAGCUUAGCUGUAUACAAACAUGUGAUAAGGAGAGGUUCGUUAUCAUUAGAUUGUUUGCCCCAUAAACACUUGACAUAAAUUUGAUAUUUGAUUUUUGCUUGGGUUUAUGACUCUUUCGGCUGGAAGAUUAUUGCAAAGAAUAAACAUUAGAUUAAUUUUUGGGAUAUUCUGUAUAUGAUUAUAUAUUGCGCAGAUGAUAAGAUUCUAAAGCUGCCAUAAAAAUGACAUCAGCAGAGAAAUAUUAGAUUCAAAUGAACCAAUUAAGCUGUUGCUCUAAUCUAAUGCUGUUGAUUAAUGUUCCAACAUAACUUCAACCUGCUGAUAAGUGUCUCGGUGAUCUCACUGCUCCAUGUAAGAACCAGUGAGUGCUAAUCGCUUGAGCAAAUAGCAUCGGUAACGACUUCGCCAUGGGUUCGCUUUGGUUCUAUGGUUUGCUGCUCGGUGUCUGUUUUUAUAUCUCCUUAAGUGAAACGAAAAGUCGUCCAGUGGAAAAGUUCCAUUAUGACUAUAGCCGCAUACAAGAAACGGAUCAAACGUGGAAAUGUUGGAAAGAAGGAUACAGGCCACCGCCAGCCACCUCGAACAAGAUUCAAGAGUCAGUAGCAAUUCGGAAAAUCUCAACCUUCACACUACGUUUACAAUCGAACGAAAUCGACUCAUCCGCCUAUUAUUGGACAAUGCUGGAUUAGAACGAUUGGAGCUGGCAUUCACCGCUCGGGAAAAUGAUUGCCGUUUGGCUGAACUGUCAGUGCCACGUAAUAGACUGCGGGAUCUUUCCAUCGGUAUGGAACGAUUCACUGCGUUAAGAAAGCUUGAUUACAGUUACAACCUGCUGGAAGAGUUCAACUUGGAUCGUUUAGUGAAUAUGGCUGGUAGCUUGAAGCAGCUAUUGCUAAGCAACAAUCGAAUAGAGUGCAUCCGAUCAACAGUGCAGAUACACUUUAUCUUCCUCCACAAACUGGAUUUAUCGAACAAUCGAUUGAGAACGCUUGAUUCGACGCUUUGGACUAUGCCACAGCUAGAAACGUUCCAUGUAGAUUAUAACCGUCACCUCGCGUCGAUUGAUGGUUGGAAACGGAGCCGAUUUCCACUGGUGAAGGGAUUCGAUCCAGCCGGUACGAAUAACUGGAACCAAACGUGGCUAAAAUCCGUUCAGUAGAAAAGUGGCAGCGGGAGCAACUAUUCCGUGACAUAUUUACCAAGAGAAUCGAGCGUGGAUUCUUGAUAAAUAGUUGUAGUUGUGUAAUAAAUAGUCUCAAAAGUUUCGUAGAAGAAAAAACGAAACUAUCGAUGCAGUAGGGUUUUCUACUCAAACAAGUUCGUUGUUUUAUAAUCGCAGUUUUGUUUUACAUAACUGCUAGGCCGAAAAAAGUCGUCAAGACAUUCGCCGUUCGGUCCUAGGCUCACUGUUCAGAUAUAAAAAUAAUCGAACAACAAUUACGACGGCUUCUUCCCUGUUCUAGCAACGGUAUGACAAGAUGUUUUCCUGUGGACUCUUGGCAUGAAAUCCGCUAAAGCAAAUUCUGAAGCACAACAUGAUGGGAAACGACAGGGUGUGGAAGUGGAACAAAAAAGGUAACACAUUGCAGCGUGACUUCUGCACAACUGCAACUAACGAACCUCAGCUUAACGAGACGACGACUGCAUUCCGAUUGAUAAACGAGAAAACGGAAACACUAUGGUGCUUGUCUGCUGUCGGCUAGUGGAACUAGCACGAAGGUUAAUGACUUUUGGUAUGAGUUUUUAGGGGUUGAAAUGAUAAUGAAGGUGAUGUUAAGAAAAAAAUCUAUAAUGGAGGCACAAGCUAUAAUGAAGCAGCUGGUGUGGUGUUUGAUCGAUACGUGCUGAAAGACACUUAGAGUGCUGAAAGGCUAGAAUCGUUUAGAAAGGAAACGAGAGCUAUAUUUACCUUAUGUUUCGUGAAUUAUCAGGAUAAGUCAAAGAACCGUUUUUGCACCGUUGGUAGGUUAUCAAAGUAGUACGACAAAGGAAAGGAGGACAGCAGCUUCAACGAGUUGAUACACCUUAAUGUUUAUUGAUAUUUUUAACGUAAAAUAUUAAAUCACAAUUUAAAUAAACCAGAAGCACUAUCAACGGUUCGA